CCCGCGAGACCGGAACGCCGGGGGUGGGGGCGGGGGCGGCGCGCAGGGGGAGCUCGCGGGACGCGGCCCGAGGCCGGGCGCGAGCCGGGGCACCGGGCGGCGGCGGCGGCGCGCGCCAUGUCGUUCAGUGAAAUGAACCGCAGGACGCUAGCGUUCCGAGGAGGCGGGUUGGUCACCGCCAGCGGCGGCGGCUCCGCGAACAAUAACGCUGGCGGGGAGGCCUCGGCUUGGCCUCAACAGCCCCAGCCAAGACAGCCCCAGCCGCUACCGCUUCAGCAGCUCAAUGGGCGGGGGGCCGACGAGGAAGUGGAAUUGGAGGGCCUGGAGCCCCAAGACCUGGAGGCCUCCGCUGGGGUGGCCGCCGCCGCCGAGGAAACCAAGGAGUUGCUGCUCCCCCAAGAUGGGGGUGGCCCCACCUCGCUGGGCGGCGGUGGCGCGGGGGGCCCCCUGCUAGCGGAAAGGAACCGUCGGACUCUGGCCUUCCGAGGAGGCGGCGGGGGUCUCGGCAACAAUGGCAGUAGCCGCGGCCGCCCCGAGACCUCGGCGUGGCCCCUGAGGCAUUUCAAUGGGCGAGGGCCCGCCGCUGUGGAUCUGGAGCUGGACGCGCUGGAGGGGAAGGAGUUGAUGCCGGACGGCGCGUCCCUGAGCGACAGCACCGAGGACGAGGAGGAGGGGGCGAGCCUGGGCGACGGCAGCGGGGCGGAAGGCGGCAGCUGCGGCAGCAGCAGGCGGUCAGGCGGCGAUGGCGGGGACGAAGUGGAGGGCAGCGGUGUGGGAGCUGGCGAAGGAGAGACUGUCCAGCACUUCCCUCUCGCGCGGCCCAAGUCUCUAAUGCAGAAGCUACAGUGCUCCUUCCAGACCUCUUGGCUCAAAGAUUUUCCCUGGCUGCGAUAUUCCAAGGAUACUGGCCUUAUGUCUUGUGGCUGGUGCCAGAAGACCCCAGAGGAAGGGGGAAAUGGAGACCUUCCUCAAGUCGGGCACGAUGAGCUUUCGAGAGGGACCCGAAACUACAAGAAAACCCUUCUUCUGAGGCACCACGUCUCUACCGAGCACAAACUCCACGAAGCCAACGCCCAGGAAUCAGAAAUACCAUCAGAGGAGGGGUACUGUGACUUUAAUAGUAGGCCAAAUGAGAACUCUUAUUGCUAUCAGCUUCUUCGACAACUAAAUGAACAGAGAAAGAAAGGUAUUCUUUGUGAUGUCAGCAUUGUCGUGAGCGGAAAAAUCUUUAAAGCUCAUAAAAACAUCCUGGUUGCAGGCAGCCGUUUCUUUAAGACUUUAUAUUGCUUUUCAAACAAAGAAAGCCCUAACCAAAACAAUACUACCCAUUUAGAUAUUGCUGCAGUUCAAGGUUUUUCAGUCAUCUUGGACUUCUUGUAUUCUGGUAACCUGGUGCUCACAAGCCAAAAUGCCAUUGAAGUGAUGACAGUGGCCAGCUAUCUUCAAAUGAGUGAAGUUGUUCAAACUUGCCGAAAUUUCAUUAAAGAUGCCUUAAAUAUAAGCAUUAAAUCAGAAGCUCCGGAAUCUGUAGUUGUGGACUAUAAUAAUAGAAAACCAGUUAAUAGAGAUGGUCUUUCUUCAUCACGGGAUCAAAAAAUUGCCAGUUUUUGGGCAACACGGAAUCUUACUAAUUUGGCAAGUAAUGUAAAAAUUGAAAAUGAUGGUUGUAAUGUCGACGAGGGCCAAACAGAAAACUACCAAAUGAAUGACAGUGGUUGGGUCCAGGAUGGUUCACCCGAAUUGGCUGAAAAUGAACCACAAGGUCAAACAAAAGUGUUUAUUUGGAAUAAUAUGGGCUCCCAGGGAAUUCAAGAGACUGGCAAAACAAGGAGGAAAAACCAAACUACAAAGAGAUUUAUUUAUAAUAUACCACCUAAUAAUGAAGCAAAUUUAGAAGAUUGCUCAGUGAUGCAGCCAUCUGUUGCCUAUCCAGAGGAAGAUUUGUCAUUCAUCAAGGAAGAACCAGAUCUGGAUGGCACUCUACUCUCAGGGCCAGAUUGUGAUAGGAAUGUGAAUGCAAACUUAUUGGCUGAAGCCGGCUCCAGUCAAGAUGGAGGUGAUGCUGGUACUUCACAUGAUUUCAAGUAUGGCCUGAUGCCUGGCCCUUCAAGCGAUUUCAAGUAUGGAUUGCUACCAGGUACUUCAAAUGAUUUCAAGUAUGGAUUGAUACCAGGUGCUUCAAAUGAUUUCAAGUAUGGAUUAUUGCCUGAAUCUUGGCCAAAACAAGAAACUUGGGAAAAUGGUGAAUCAUCUCUAAUCAUGAACAAGUUAAAAUGUCCUCAUUGUAGCUAUGUAGCCAAAUACAGACGAACACUAAAAAGGCAUUUGCUCAUUCAUACGGGAGUGAGAUCAUUUAGCUGUGAUAUUUGUGGAAAACUGUUUACUCGAAGAGAACAUGUAAAAAGACAUUCCCUGGUGCAUAAAAAGGAUAAAAAAUACAAAUGUAUGGUAUGUAAGAAGAUCUUCAUGUUAGCAGCCAGUGUUGGAAUAAGACAUGGAUCUCGACGCUAUGGUGUUUGUGUAGACUGUGCAGAUAAAUCACAACCAGGAGGGCAAGAAGGUGUAGAUCAGGGACAGGAUACAGAUUUCCCUCGAGAUGAAGAAUAUGAGGAGAAUGAAGUAGGAGAAGCUGAUGAAGAGCUGGUUGAUGAUGCAGAAGAUCAGAAUGAUCCAUCUCGAUGGGAUGAAUCAGGAGAUGUUUGUAUGUCUCUAGAUGAUUAACUGACCUACUAUACUCCUCAAGGAUGCUGCAUUUGGACAUAAUAUGAAUCGACAAUUUGAAUUGUUGAACUUGAAGGCUUGCAAAAUAUGGUACAUGCUGGAUGGUAGUUAUGUUGCUGUGAAAACUGUAGGGUCAAAGCCUUAUAGCAAAAAAUUUUUUUUUUUUUAUAUUUGCACAGGACUGUACAGCAAACAACCUUGUGGUUGAAUUAAAUGGAGUCCCCACAUCUUCAGUCAGUUAUCAAAGUAAAAAUAUUUUUAUUUAUAGGAUAUACAGUAACUCUUUGGGUCCUAUGAAAAUAUAGUACCUGUCCUUAAAGAGCUUACAUUCAUGUGCCAUUUUAACAUGAAUGAAGAAAAUCCAUUUAUGAGAGUUCAGUGACAGCUGACCCACUCUGUCCAUCAAACCACUCAGGCUAGUUUGUACUAGUAGAGUUUUGUUUCUAUUGUAUUUUUAUUUUUAUUUUUUUUUAAUACAGAUUUUCAGUGAGGGGCCUUUUCAACCCCAUUGGUUCUACUUUUCUGUAUUUUCCAUUUUAAUUUCCUUUAUAACUUAAACCAAGUCUCUUCUGGUCUUAGGUAUUAUUUCUCAAAUUUGUGCUGAUGGGCAUGUUAUGAGAACUGGAGAGGUAAUUUAUUGGAAUGAACUAACUGACUUCCUCCAUUCCCCCUUUCCUUUUUUGACAUGAAUUUUACUACUUUCACAAAUGAAGAAUGAUGUUGCAAAGUUACCGUGGUGAAGUUGACAAAUACCACUAAAAUAAUUAUGAUUUAGAAGUAACUUUCUCCCGCUGCUCUAAUCUGAUAAAUGGUUAUUACAGUAUGACGUUUUCUGACAUGGUGUUCGGUUUUGGGUAUCUGUUACUUUGGCACUAUUCUUGUUUGCCUCUUUAUUUUUGCCAGUGUACUAUACCUCAGUCCUAUUUGAAAAGACAAAUCUAACUGAAAGAGAAGUCAUAGAAAUGAUAAGAACAAUGAUUUGUUUUAUAAUUUAACCUCCAUGUCCAGUUUGGUUAGCUUGUUAUGCAAUAUAAGUGAAAUAUCAGGUUUUUACUCCUGUGCCCUUUUUAUCAUUAAAAUUAACACAAAAAGUACAUUCUCUUUUGUUUCAUACUUAAUGAGAUACUGAGUGUUUUGAAAUUAUGACAUAAUUUAUUUUUCAAUUCCUUAGAGUCACUACAACUUGAUGUAUAGUAAUCGCCAUGAUUCAACAAUCUGCGGAAAUCUUAUAAAUAAAAUAUUGAGAGGUUUUACAAUUUAUUCUAUUAACUAAAAUUCUUUAGGGUUCAAGAGUUGAAGUAUUAAGUUGAAAUUGUCAGAUUUAUUUAGUCUAAAGACAGAUGAAAUAGCUGAUAAACUCACAGCAAUGUUUCACAUAAUAUUAACAUGCAUGACAUUUAUCAAGAACAUAUAUAUUAUAUGAGAUUGAGGAUAUCAUAUUUUCAGCUUUCUUUUAAAUAGAAAUUGAGUAUAUUUUCCUAUUUUAUUAAUCAGGUAACUAUAUGCUUGUUGUGUGGGAAAACUGCAAAGUACACUUUGAUAUAGACUUAAUUUUUUGGUGCUCCAUCUGAUCAAAGUUGUAAAGUUGGUAACUUUUUUUUUAAGAGACAAGGUUUCUCACUGUCUCUGAAUUUCAGUAGAAUAAUGGUUUAAUGUUAGGCACCGAUAUUUCUGCUUAGGUAAGUCAAAGAUAAACAUGGUUAGAUGAAUCUUCUGUCAUCUAAACUUCUACUUUCUACAUAACUGUAAAACUGACAUAAAUAGUUUGGUUUGAUUUUUGUUGAAGACUGAAGAAGAGUACAUCUUAUUCUCAGUGUUCUAGACAAAUGAGUAAAAUGUAAUUCUGGUGGGGUCCAAAGUAGACAUUAGUUUGGGCAAAGAUACUAUGAAUGAAAAAGUAUUAUAAACGUGAACUGUUCUGCUUUGUGAAUAUGUAAGUAUAGUAUAAAGAUUUCUUUUCAUCCCAUUUAUUCCCCUCCUUUAAAAUAAACCAUAGUUUACAAUUGGUAGGUCUGUCUAUAUAUAAAUAUAUAUUAAAGAGAAAAUAUAUAUAUCUGAAAAUCACCUAAAUCUGCUUUAUUAGACUACAGUUCACUUAUUGCAUAGAAACUGGACUUGGCUUUAUAUUCUUAAUGUGCUCUUACUUUUCCUCAAGAUAGGAACUUACUCUCUUUAACCUGAGUUUUCUUUUACUACUUAAAUUGUUUAUGUAUAUCUGGUAAAUUAUGACCAAAUUUUUGUUAGAUUGCAUAUAGUAAGUUGAAAUACACACUUGGUACACUACAGGAUUAUUGUGCUUUUGUUUUGGUUUUAGUUGGAAACAAGGUUUGAUAUAGAUGGGUUGUUACUGUUAAUUUAAAAUAUUCUAUAAUUGUCCAUUUUUAUGUUGUGUUGUGACAGAUUUGACUAUAAUUUAGUCAACUGAAGUAUGAUACUUUAAAAGUUUGUUUUUAGAAAGGUAACCCAAAGGAAAAAUGUUUAUACUCUUGAAUAUUUAGCCUCAGCCUAUAUAAAAAUUUCUUCUUUAAAGUAAGCGUUGUACCGGAAACAGAAUUGACAAGUUUUUCUACUUGCUGACUGCCUAAUUUAUUUUGUUUCAUGAUCUUGAGGGGACUGCCUUUUCCCUUCUAGAUCUUUUUUAAAAUUAGUUUUAGUACUAAGGUAUACUACUGGACAUUUCUCUCUCUCUCUCUUUUUUUUUUUUUUAAGUAUAUUCUUUUUCUGACUUACAAUACAAUUUCAGGAAGUUGAUAGAUACUAAGAACUUAUGAUUGGUCUCAGAGAGGUAACAAUGAAAUACUCAUAAUUUUGUCUGUAGCCCUGGCAGAAUUAUGUGUUACACAUUUGGUAGAUUUUUUCUCUUGUUAACUUUUAUUUUAAAUGAGCAAUAUUUUAGAGCUUUUAAUUUUAAUGAAGGGGAAAGAUUAUAAACUUUCUUUCCUAUUCACUCUGUAGAACAGACCCUCUCAUAUAAAUCAAGGUUAUGUAUAUUAUAUUCUUAGGAUUCUCAGAGACAGUUACUUCUGUAUGAUCCCUGCUUUGUCACUGUCAUCAGCCCUCAAUUUUUGAUAUUCACUAGAUAUCUUCAAUUUUAGCACCCUAGCAAAUGAGAGCUGCUAAAAAAAAUUUAUAGGAUGGGGAAACUGAACAGUAAUGAGUAGUUUUGAAAUUUGGGGGGAAAACACUAACUGGUUUUGGUAGAACCAUCUUGAUGAAGAGUGAUGUAUAAUGAGUUAGUUAAUAUAAAGCGCCUAGAACACUGUCUGGUACGUAAUAAGGGCAUGAUAUAUCUUAGUUUAAUAAUAGAUGUGAACCAAGAGGAAAAGAAGGAAUGGGAAAAGGGAGAAAAUAGGAAUCGAAAAGAUCAGGGCUUAGUAAUCCAUAUUAAUACGAUAUAUAGUAUAAAAGGCCUGAAGAUAACUGGAGUAUACAUGGGGAAGUGUGAUGGAAGAUGGGUUUUAAAAAUCAUAAAUUUUAGAACUUCAAUAAACUUUAUUUGUAUUUUUAGGAUUUGUCAACAUAGAAUGAAGAGUUUAUUUUUCUGAAUAAUGAUUCCAAAAGCCACCAUUUUGUAGUGCCUACAUGUGCCAUUGCGCUUCACAUUUAUCUAAUUUCCUAUAAGGUAGGUGCUAUUGUCUCCAUUUUAUAGAAGAGGAAAGGCUCCAAGAAAUUUGCCUAAUUAACUUGCCUAAUGUAACACAGCUACUAAGAGAUAGAACUGGAUUUUGACCAGGUCUGGUUGUGAAGCUCAUGCUCUAUUUAGGGGGCUCUAUUGCUUCCUCAUUAAAAAGCUUGUGUAGAAUUUCAGCUCUUUAAAGGAGUGUCUAUGGAGACAUGUUUUCCUUAUAAAACAGCUAUGCUAGGAAUUUGAGUGUCUAAUCCUUCCUUCUCCAAAUACCCUUACUAGUAUUUCCUCCUAAUACAGAAAUUGUGUUGUCACCUGAUUAUAAAUAAUAUACUGAACCCCAGUGUAGCGCAAGCUAUUAAUUGGCUGUGGCAUUUUCAUAUUUUAAAAGGAUGGUUUUAAUUGAAAAAGUAGACGUGAACCCCAAUUUUUGUGCCGUUCAGUCACCCAGAUCCUUAAACUUAACUAUGGUACAUAACAUACGUGCUUAGAACUAACAGGUUUUUUUUUUAGUCACUUUGGGAAUUAAAAUGGAAAGUUUUUUUCCUGCUGUAUCCCUGCUUUGAAGUGAAGUUGACCAGUUCUAGAUAGAUGAAAAUGUGUUAGGGAUAAGCAUGCUUUAAAAGAUGUUUUCCAGCGCUAGGCUUUACGAUGUUGGGUACUUAAAUUUGAAGUACACUGGCUGUUGAGAAAAAUUUUUGGGUUAAGGAGAGGGAUGGUUGAGGUCAUUAUGAAAUGGGAGAAUCAGCAUUUUAAACACUGUAAACAUAAAAACAUUUUCUUCUGCCUGCUGUUUGUAAAAGCUCUUUGGGAAGACCUUUUACGAAGACCAAUUUUUUUAAUGUAAUUUACCUACCUAGUAUAAGUGUCCUAAGACAUGUAUGUAAACUUCCAAAACUUGUUUCGUCUGUGUAUUUAGAAAAUACACAAGAAUCUUUAUCAAACCUAAAAAUAUAAACUUGUGAGCACUAAA